AUGGGAGCACCUCAUGGACCACGCGAGCUUCACCUUGCCGUGAAGGAGUCCUCUCGUUUUCGGCCUCAUAUGGAUAUGGUUCGCUUCCUCGUGGACGAAAUUGGAUGCGACGUUAAUCAACUGGACGGAGAUGAAUACUUUAAUUAUGGUCAUACCAACAUGGCUAUCGGCCCGCCACUGUGGUGGGCUAUACAAGACUCAAAAGGAGGGGAAGCAGCUGUUCAAUUUUUACUUGAACGUGGGGCAGAUCCAUGUUUGAAUGGAAUGGAUUUAUCGAAAGAUGCAGAAGAACGCGGGAAUCAAGGUGUACUUGCAGUACUGCAGGAGUGGAAGAACGGCAAUACCUAA